AGGGCCUUGGGGAACUUCAACCACUUCUACUGCCCAGACGCACUCUGGGAAGGAGCAGCGAGCACCAGUCCUCGAGACCGCUCCUGGUGACGGGAGGGGUCCGGCCACAGCUCACCGUUUGGUCGGCGCCGGGGCUGCGGGCAGCGAAGGACGGCCAAUAGGCUGCGCGUUCCCGGCCACGCCCGCGCGCGCUCUCUUCUCGCGAGGCCUGCUAGGCCCGAAUGUCGUUAGCUGUGUAGAAAGAUGGCGGAAAAUUUAAAAGGCUGCAGUGUAUGUUGCAAAUCAUCCUGGAAUCAGCUUCAGGAUCUGUGCCGACUGGCCAAGCUUUCUUGUCCUGCCCUUGGCGUUUCUAAGAAGAAUCUUUAUGACUUUGAAGUCGAGUACCUAUGUGAUUAUAAGAAGAUCCGUGAACAGGAGUACUACCUGGUUAAGUGGCGUGGAUAUCCUGAGUCAGAGAACACCUGGGAGCCACGCCAGAAUCUCAAAUGUGUGCGCAUUCUCAAGCAGUUCCACAAGGACUUAGAAAGAGAGCUUCUCCGGCGGCACCGCCGCUCAAAGCCACCCAGGCAUCUGGACCCAAAUUUAGCCAACUACCUGGUGCAGAAGGCCAAGCAGAGGCGGGCGCUGCAGCGCUGGGAGCAAGAGCUCAAUGCCAAGCGCAGCCACCUGGGACGCAUCACCGUGGAGAAUGAGGUAGACCUGGAUGGCCCUCCGCGGUCCUUUGUCUAUAUCAAUGAGUAUCGUGUUGGGGAGGGCAUCACCCUCAACCAGGUGGCUGUCGGCUGUGAGUGCCAGGACUGUCUGUCGGCACCCACUGGAGGCUGCUGCCCUGGAGCAUCCCUGCACAAGUUUGCCUACAAUGACCAAGGCCAGGUGCGGCUGAAAGCUGGUCAGCCCAUCUACGAGUGUAACUCCCGAUGUUGCUGUGGCUAUGACUGCCCUAACCGUGUAGUCCAGAAAGGCAUCCGCUACGACCUCUGCAUCUUCCGCACUGAUGAUGGGCGAGGCUGGGGUGUCCGCACGCUGGAAAAGAUCCGCAAAAAUAGCUUUGUUAUGGAGUAUGUGGGAGAGAUUAUUACCUCAGAGGAGGCAGAGCGGCGGGGCCAGAUCUACGACCGCCAGGGCGCCACCUACCUCUUUGACCUGGACUACGUGGAAGACGUAUAUACCGUGGAUGCCGCCUAUUAUGGCAACAUCUCUCAUUUUGUCAACCAUAGUUGUGAUCCCAACCUGCAGGUGUACAACGUAUUCAUAGACAACCUUGAUGAGCGACUACCCCGCAUCGCAUUCUUUGCCACAAGAACCAUCUGGGCGGGCGAGGAGCUCACCUUUGAUUACAACAUGCAAGUGGACCCCGUGGACAUGGAAAGUACCAGAAUGGACUCCAACUUUGGCCUGGCUGGGCUCCCCGGCUCCCCCAAGAAACGGGUCCGUAUUGAAUGCAAAUGUGGGACAACAGCUUGCCGAAAAUACCUCUUCUAGCCCUGAGAAGUUUGAGGCCACAUUAACUGAAGGGUCCUGAAGCCACCUUCCUCUCUACUGCUGCCCUCUUGUCAAGAAUGACCAUCAGAGCCUUGUCUGCCUCCACUUGUCCUCAUCUGCCCCAACCUAUUCCCUCCCUGCUCCAGGGUCAGGGCUGUGGUGAGGACUGACUCUGGGUACCCUUUCUUUCUCUCUUCCUUUCCCCUGUCCCAGGCCCAUCAGGCAUUGCACUUACAACUCCCAGCCACAUUUUCAAAAGUAUAUUUUUCACAUCAGGAUUCCCUGGAGUUGGGAUUCAUGUUUGUCAUGGAGGUCCAAAGGGUGAGCAACUCAACCCCAGAAUAGAAAGACUUUUUUUCUGGACAGCAUCUCUGCAGCUCUGUGUAGUUCAGGCUGGUGUUGGACUCUUAAUCCUCCUGUCUCAGCUUUCCUCGUGCUGAGUGUAUAGAUGUAUACCCAGCUAAGCUUUUUUUAAAUUGCAUCUGCUUCUGCUUGGAGCCUAAGUGACCUGUUGCAGGCCUCUUGACUGCUCUAACAGUAUGAGGAAGCAACCCCCAGGCAGACAGAUAUCAGAGCUCAGAGAUACCAGCGUGACUUCAAGCUGGAUCAGCAACCACAGAGCCUUUGUACUCAUGAAAGAAAGGAGGUCUCCAGGGCUAGUGGAUAAUUCUGGUUCUGCUCAUUGUGCUUUUGAUGCUGGGUAGUAUUGACCUUAAGACCCACAGGGUCUCGGAGUUGCAAGUCUGAAAAGUAGUUGCCCAAGUGCCACCAGAAUACCUCUUGGAAAGCUCCAUGGGAUGGUUAAGACCAUCAGGGAGUAAAGAGUUCUAGAUGUGCUGGAAACCCUGCCUUGGCAUGUGAUACCACUGGAACUACUAGAAGCUGGAACCAAGAUAUAGCUAGUCUGUAGAUAGCACUUAAGACAAUAAUGUGCGUUGACUAGAAGCUGAUGAGGUGCCAGGCACAGGGUAGAGCACCUGGUCCAUAUGGAUUGUCUCAGGGAAGCCUUGAAAACCACACAGGUGGAGCCCAGGAAAAGGCCCAUGUGGCAGAAGGCAACGACUAGGCCAAAAAUGGUUGGGGAGACUUACUCACUAGAAUAUGGUGAGAUGAGAGCCAAGCCCCCUUUACUUGUCAGCUUCAAGUAUUCACCUGGCUCCACUAGCUCAAAAGUUAACUGCCUAGAAAUGUACAAAAGGCAAAGAUUCUGAUGGCUGCCUUGCCCCCUGCUCUCCCCAUUUCCUUCAGGAAGCCUUUCGUGACUUCCUGUACCCAGAGUGCCCCUAUGUGAGACUGUGCACCCUGCUACCAGAUCUGUGUGUGUGUGUCUGUGUGUGUCCUGCUCACUCCCCAGGCUGACCUUCAGGCAUGGACUGAAUCUGGUUCUCUUGUAUACCCCUCAGCCCUCCCCAGCCUGGAGUGUGCAUCAAUAAACUGUGUUGUUGAGUCAAUAAGCUCA